UCAGUGCGUACGUCCGUUGCGUAACUACGUGGAUGAACGUCAACAUGGCUGAAUCCAUGAGAGCAGCUGCCGAGAGUUGAUGUGGCACUGAAGAGCAUCGGCGGCAGUGAACUUGAGCUCAAUAAAGCACGUUUAUUUUGUAGAUUAAGGUACUUGCACUUGACUUGUUGAAUCAAAUAUAGUUGCACAAAUCAGGCCACCAUGUAUCUCCAGAAGAUGUUCUCCUGUUCUCAGCUAUUAUCGAGACCAAAUGCUCUUCAAACAUUCAAAAGAGCUGCUUCAAAAGGCAAAAAUCCCUCUUCCUCCCCAUUUCUCACACUCCAUGCUGUGCGUCAGUGGAGUAAUGUGCCUUUUUUUACAGUGCCGCUGGCACGGGCGCAUGGUAAGUCAUUUGCCCACCGCAGUGAUCUGCGCCAGGCCAAAAGAAUCGUUGUCAAGUUGGGGAGUGCUGUCGUGACCCGUGGCGACGAGUGCGGCCUUGCUUUGGGCCGACUCGCUUCAAUUGUAGAACAGGUGGCCAUGCUUCAGAAUCAGGGCAGAGAGAUGAUGAUCGUGACCAGUGGUGCUGUAGCGUUUGGAAAACAAAGGCUGAGGCACGAAAUUCUUCUCUCACAGAGUGUCAGACAGGCCCUGCACUCAGGCCAGAAUCAGCUCAAAGAUAUGUCACUUCCAGUCCUAGAGGCGAGAGCGUGUGCUGCUGCGGGACAAAGUGGACUUAUGGCUCUGUAUGAGGCUAUGUUCACUCAAUACAGCACCUGUACUGCCCAGAUCCUGGUAACAAACCUGGACUUCCACGAUGACCAGAAAAGACGGAACCUGAACAGCACUCUGCAUGAGCUGCUGCGUAUGAACAUCGUGCCCAUCAUCAACACGAACGACGCUGUGGUGCCUCCCCCAGAGCCCAACAGUGACCUACAGGGGGUAAAUGUUAUCAGUAUCAAGGAUAACGAUAGUCUUGCAGCGCGGCUUGCUGUGGAGAUGAGGGCAGAUCUUCUCAUAGCUCUCUCUGAUGUAGAAGGCCUUUAUGACAGCCCACCAGGGUCAGACGAUGCCAAGCUCCUGGACACAUUUUACCCUGGGGACCAGCAUUCCAUAACCUAUGGUACGAAGUCCAGGGUCGGCAUUGGAGGAAUGGAAGCUAAGGUUAAAGCUGCUCUCUGGGCUCUCCAAGGUGGGACGUCUGUUGUCAUUGCUAACGGUACACACCCCAAAGUCACAGGUCACGUGAUCACUGACAUUGUUGAGGGCAAGAAAGUAGGAACCUUUUUCUCAGAGGUCAAGCCAGCUGGUCCCACGGUCGAGCAGCAGACAGAAAUGGCUCGCUCUGCUGGCAGGACUCUUGCUUCCCUUGAACCAGAGCAGAGAAGUGACAUCAUCUGUGCAUUGGCUGAUCUCCUUACUGAGAGGAAAGAUGAAAUCUUAUCUGCCAACAAAAAGGACAUGGAGAAUGCUGUCGGCACAGGUCGUCUGUCUCCGGCCAUGUUAAAGCGACUUAGUUUGUCAUCAUCUAAACUGAACAGUCUGUCCAUUGGUCUGCGUCAGAUUGCAGUGUCCUCUCAGGACAGCGUUGGCAGGGUUCUGCGCAGGACAAGAGUGGCAAACAACCUGGAGCUGGAGCAGAUCACUGUCCCCAUAGGAGUACUGCUGGUUAUCUUUGAGUCAAGGCCAGACUGCCUUCCUCAGGUUUCUGCUUUAGCCAUUGCCAGUGGAAAUGCUCUUUUGUUGAAAGGUGGCAAAGAGGCGGCCAACACAAAUCGCAUUCUGCAUGAACUCGCUCAGGAGGCUUUGUCCAUCCAUGGAGUCAAAGACGCCAUUCAGCUGGUGAGCACACGUGAAGAGGUGGAGGAUCUGUGUCGUCUGGAGAAGAUGAUUGAUCUGAUCAUUCCUCGUGGUUCCUCUCAGCUAGUCAGAGAUAUUCAGCGCGCGGCAAAGGGCAUCCCUGUUCUUGGCCAUAGUGAGGGGAUCUGCCAUGUUUAUGUGGACCAUGAGGCCAGUGUUGACAAAGCCAUCAAGAUCAUACGAGACUCGAAAUGCGACUACCCUGCAGCCUGUAAUGCCAUGGAAACCCUGCUGGUGCAUCGAGAACUUCUCAGAACCCCAUUGUUUGAUCAGAUCAUCGACAUGCUGAGGACAGAACAUGUGAAGAUCCACGCUGGCCCCAAGUUUGCAUCGUACCUGACUUUCAGCCCGUCAGAGGUGAAGUCUCUACGCACUGAGUACGGGGAUCUGGAGUGCUGCAUCGAGGUUGUGGACAGUAUGCAAGAGGCUGUUGAUCACAUUCAUAAAUAUGGCAGUUCUCACACUGAUGUUAUUGUCACUGAAAAUGAGGACACAGCAGAGCAGUUCCUUCAGCAAUUAGAUAGUGCCUGCGUCUUUUGGAAUGCCAGCUCACGGUUCGCUGACGGAUAUCGUUUUGGUCUCGGCGCGGAGGUUGGCAUCAGCACAGCCCGUAUUCAUGCCCGUGGGCCUGUGGGGUUAGAAGGGCUUCUCACUACCAAAUGGGUCUUACGGGGCGAGGGCCACACAGCUGCAGAUUUCUCUGAGCACGGCAGCAUGACGUAUCUGCACGAGAAUCUUCCGGUGGCACAGGUUCUUCCUGGACGAAGAACCACCAGCUAGAGGCGUGAAGUAAAAACAUCUACAGAAUCAAAGUAAAGGCUCACCCACUUAAACCCUAUUUAAAGACUCCCAUCAGGCAGUGCAUUUGGAGUAUGUGUGAAUGCAAGGAAAUUAUAUGUGGAUCAAGAGCUGUUCAGUGAACCAAUACUUUUUCAUUUUCCCAGAUACACCCAUUUUAGUCAAGCAUGUCUUGUUCAGGAAGAACUUUUAGCUGUGGAAACGCGGAAGGGACAUGCCACAAACAAGACGAGGGAAUUUGCUUAAAGCUGUGGUCCAUACGAUUGUUUUUGUCAUCGUUUUUUUUUUUUUUUUUGAGCAUUACUGAUCAUGGCAGAAAUAAUGGCAGGAAAAUAGGCCUCCCAAAUUGCCCACGUUAUAUAUUUAUGUAAUAUUAAAUAUGUGAAAAUGCAGUAUGAAUUUCGAUGUGAAUUACAUUUCCAGGCACAAAUUGUAGCAUUGAUAUCAUUGUGCUGUACACAUAAAUUCAGCUUUAAUGGGACAAAUAUAUUGUUUAUUUGGCAUAGUCAUUGCAUAAAAACUGUAUUAAUAACGGAAAUAGAAUAUUUUUCAUGUGGCAUAGUGCUAGUCACUUACAGUACAACAUAAGAAAAAACAUUUUUUCCAGCUGAUCGGUCUAUGCUUUUAUUUAAAAGAAAACAGAAAACCAAUCUUCCUGUUCAUUACCUCUCUUUUUCCUUUUUUUCUGUGCUCACUGCUUUUUAAUCAUGAAUAAUGUGCAUACCUGUAGACAUUUCUUUGUUACUGCUGUAAAAUUCACUCGGGACGGGCAGCUUUUGUCCUGAACUGCUUCAAAAAGACCUCGUUAUCUGUACUUUAAAGUGCUGUAACGCUCAACAAAAUAGUGAUGCUUAAUAGUAUGAAAAGUAUUCCGAAGAUGUUCAAAAUUUUUGUAUGUAGAAUAAAUUUCUUUUUUGUACUUUCGAAA